CAGGGGGCGGGGCGCUCAGUCAUCCGUUGGCAGCGCGGGAGUCUGGCUGGGGUUUUGCAGGAGGGGUUGGAGGAGUCCAGUGUGAAAUCGCUGCAAAAGCAGGGAUGAUUAUACAAAGAGUAGUGCUGAAUUCACGCCCUGGUAAGAAUGGAGUGCCAGUGCCUGAAAACUUCAGACUGGAGCAAAGUACAAUACCAGACACAGUGCAAGAGGGACAAGUACGUGUUAGAACCCUGUAUCUCUCUGUGGAUCCAUACAUGCGCUGCCGGAUGAAUGAAGAUACAGGUUCAGAUUACCUCCUGCCUUGGCAGCUCUCUGAAGUUGCUGAUGGUGGGGGCAUUGGGGUUGUGGAGGAGAGCAAGCAUAAUAACUUUGCUAAAGGAGACAUCGUCACUUCCUUCAAUUGGCCCUGGCAGACAGUGGCCAUUCUGGAUGGAGGCUUGCUACAAAAGGUUGUUCCACAACUUGUGGAUGGACACCUUUCCUACUUUCUUGGCGCGGCUGGAUUGACAGGACUGACAGCCUUGCUAGGUAUAAGAGAGAAAGGCCAUGUGACUGUGGGUGCCAAUCAGACCAUGGUGGUGAGUGGAGCAGCUGGUGCCUGCGGUUCUUUGGCUGGCCAGAUUGGCCGUCUGGACGGGUGCUCUAGAGUUGUGGGUAUUGCUGGCACAGAUGAAAAGUGCUCCAUUUUGGUCUCAGAAAUGGGGUUUGAUGCUGCUAUCAAUUACAAGAAAGGGAAUGUGGCACAGCAGCUCCGUGAACUCUGCCCAGGUGGUGUGGAUGUUUACUUUGACAAUGUUGGUGGAGAGAUCAGUGAUACAGUUAUAAGCCAGAUGAAUCAGAACAGCCAUAUCAUCCUGUGUGGACAGAUUUCUCAGUAUAACAAAGAUGUGCCUUAUCCUCCUCCAUUACCUCCUGACACAGAAAAAAUACAGAAAGAAAGAAACAUCACAAGAGAAAGAUUCUUGGUGUUGAACUACAUGGACAAACAAGAAGCUAGCGUAUCACAACUCUGUCAGUGGAUCCAAGAAGGUAAACUGAAGGUCAGAGAGACAGUGGUAGAAGGCUUAGCGAAUAUUGGUGCUGCUUUCCAGUCCAUGAUGAAUGGAGGCAAUAUUGGAAAACAGAUCGUCCUAGUUUCUAAGUAAAAGUCAUUGCUUGGGGAAAAGUAAAUGAUUCUAUCCAUAGUAAUAAGCAAGUUUUACUUACAGUAACUACCACCUUAAAUAUACAAUUGUUCUUUAUGUACUAAAAGCAGAUAUUUUAGGAUGCUAAGGCAAAAACCAUGCUAAUAAACUGAACAGAUUUGGAAACAGGAAUGCAAUAGUUCAUACUAAAUAUGGUAAUAUAUUUGACAUGAUUUGACAGCAGUCAGUUAGCACACGUACAAAUAAUUCAUGGGUAUUGGAAGUUAGACCACCUCAGGAACUAUUUCCAAUAAGUAAUUUGUAUACAGCCACCUGGUUUUAGAUGUGCAUACAUAUGUGUUGUUCCUAUGCUAAUUUGUCUCAUUGCCCAAGAACUUGAUAAUUUUUCAUUUACUAGUAUAAGCUUAGCUUGACAGUCCAAUCAUUCUGGCUAUCAUCUUAAAAUUAAAAUUAUAUGUGUUAUAACUUUUUUUUUCCCCCAGAUAAGAGCAAUCAAAAAUUCCAUUUCUACAACUCAAGUUCUGUGAUAUCAAAGAUACUUCUAUUUUGCCAUCUGGAACAAGUUUCCACUGAUUGCAUUUCCCAUUUUUCUGUAGUGUAUCAUUAUAUAAUCUAUUUUCAGUGUACCUUAAACCUACUUCAUUUAGAAUUCCAUCUGUAUGCUGCCUGAGACUUCCAUCAGAGGAAGGUCCAGCUAUAAGGGCUAGCUUGUUUUGGCAUAACAGUGCUCUUUUACCAUUUUGGAAGCUUGAGAAGUCAGCCACUGUUUCCAAGUCCGACUAACAUAACCUCAAUCCAAGCGAUACGGAUGCAAUUUAAACAUCUUCAAAAUAAAGCCAUUAGAAUUCCACCAUUAUGUACAUUUAGAAACACUGGCACAUUAAUUUAGUGAUUAGGAUAACUUACGAUAGCGUAACUUACAAGCUAUUGGUUUUGUUUUAAAUAUCUGCCUUUAAGAGGAGUGCUUCCAAGCACAGUAGGGUAGGCUGAGAAUGGAUCCUCUAGAUCUUCUUGAGUCACUACCUACACUCUAAAUGGAAUCCAAGGACUAGGUGAGAAACUAUACAGGAAGUUUAGCAUUUAAGUCUUUUUGCACACUGUAGAAAGAGAGCUGAUUACAGAACUGCCUUGUAUCAUUGUAAGCAAUAUGAAAAACAGUCCCUUGAUUUCCUAGUGCUGAAGCUGACCCUGAAAGAAAGCAUACAGUGACUAAUGCUUUAGGCUUUGAAGAGAAAGACACCUGCAUAAUAGGAUUACAUUCACAUCCAGCUAGAUUCUCAAUCCAAUAUCAACAUCACUAACUUGAGCACUAGCAACAUCAUACUGGGACAGAAGCCAAAUUGUUGUGGAAUAAAAUCAACAUCAUUGUAGUUGGCAAAUGAAGAUAAAAAGCAUCAGAUGGAAGAAAUUCUGUGAAUUCCUGCUUACUGACUGUUUACAGAUGAUACUCAUUCCUGAAAUGUGGGCAUUUCAAGCUUAAAGACUUGAUAAUUUGGACACAGAUGAGAGAGAGAGGAGGGAGCUAAGGGGAAUACAGCCUUUUCAAACAGAACCAGAUGUUCUAUUGAGUGUUCUGGUACAUCAGAUCAUGUGACUUAAUGGUCACCUUUCCUUUUUUUCUCUCCCACGUACACACACUUUAGAUUGAAACAGCAUCAGCCUGGAGGCUGUUAUGCAAUGCACACCCUCUUCUGCAGUAAAACUUCUACAAGGCAGUAGGCUGGCCUUAAUGCACUGUAACAAUCUUUCUGAAUAGACUUCCUCCUCCUAAAGUCCAGUUCAUUCCUAAAGUUCAAUUUCCAAAUGUAAAAGAAAAAAAACAAAACAGCCCACUUCUUCACACAAAUUUAAACAUCCUCUUGCUUACAUUUCCCUAUAUUUGGCUUCCUCCAAUCUAGAAAUUGUAUGUCCGUUUCAACAACAUUUUGAGAAAAAAAGAUGCCUUAUGAUCUUAAAACUGAAGACCGUUUUGUUUUAAUUCAAGCAUUCUGGUUACUUACAUGCAUCUAUUUCAGAAGGGAUUUCAUUCACAACCUGUGGUCAGUUUGUACUGCAAGAACGUAAGGAAGGUAGCAUAGCAAGAACCACUGCUGAGAAGGUGUUAAAAUGUUUUCACAUAUUAUGGGUGAAGGUGACUUACUUAUACUUCCUUGUCCAAAGUACAAAUGUUGGACUUCUGAACAUUGUUUGCUAAAGAGCUAUUCUAGAACGAGCUCAUAAGUGAGGACCAUGAGCUGACACACCUUCCAAGAAGGACAGCCUCUAGGAUCUGCAUUUUCACAACUGAAAAUAUGAUUAAAUUUUAAAAUUCCCAGCACUAUGAUUUUUACAGCAAUUGCUUAGUAAUCCAUGCACGCUGUAAGCCCAUUGCAGUCUGAUGAUGUGAAAGGUGACCCAGAGUGAGGUCAUGCUGAGGUAUUAAUUCUUUACUGUAAUAAAGGCAGCUUGAUUGCUGCAGCAUUCCAGUAGAUUAGGUAACUCAUAGGGAGGAAUAUUCUGUAAGCAUAAGUCAGAUGACUACAGGAAAAAAAAAAAAAAAAAAAAGAUACAGACAGUUAAAGUAGACUUCAUCAUGGUACUCCCAAUAUCUAGAAAACUUUUCUGCAUUUGUGAACCCUGGCUUAAUGUUGUCUCUUCAGAAUAAAUAAAAAUCGAAGGAAGAAAAUCUUUUAAA